CAAUAAUCGUAGUAUUACUGAUGAAUUUAUGUUGCUGUCAGAAUGUAGCUCAUAGGUAUAUAUACAUUGUAUUUCAAUCUAAAAUUUUGUUAGUAGUGAGUUAUUAUUUGAAGCAAGUCUCGUAAUUAGAUAAAUAUUUACGUGUAAUAAGGAACAAAAUGUCAAAAAUCCACUUUAAUUUGCUUCAUUCAAAAAUUCAAAUGGUGUGUUUAUUGAUUAGCCUGAUACUUCUUACCUCCAUGGUGAAUGCCUUUGAAGAUAGAAUAAAAGUAGAAUCCAAUUUUAUAUUUGUAAAAUAUGCUCACGAAUUGAAAGGAGAAAAAUCAGGAUUUCAUCAGUCCAUCGAUAUAUCAAUAUUCGACCAUAUCACUCCAUCAGAUUGUGCAACAGAUAAAAAUUCAUUCUGCAGACAAUGGUCGGAUUUUGGCAAAUUCCAAAUCACAAAAAAAGAUGACAAAUGCGAUGUUUACGAGCUAACAACAAAAUACAGAAAACCUCUACGAGUACGAUUUGAUACAUCAAACGUCUACCUAUACGGUGGUCCAGAGCAGCGCUUUCAGACCUGGCCAGCAGACUUCGUAAAUUAUGAUAAAUAUUUGUACGUGACUAACGGAUGGGAAGAUGAUGGCAUAGUGGAGCCUUUAUGGCUGGUUACCAAUGGGAUGUAUUUAUACGUGGAUCAAAAUACUCCUUUAUUUAUAUCGCAGAAUAAAAAUAAACGAUUUUUCGAAUUGAUUGCGUCCAAAGAAUCACCGUAUAUUAAAUCCAGCGAUACGACCAACCUUAAGUAUACGAUUUGCAAGCUAGAUGAUCUAAAGGAAGCUUACAAACACGCUGUGAAUAAUGUGCUAGGUAAACCGAGCGGUAUACCCGACGAAAGAAUGAUCAGGUACCCUAUAUGGUCAACAUGGGCGAAAUAUAAAGCUGCAAUAAACACCACCGUUAUAAUGGAAUAUGCGAACCUGAUUUCAGAGAGCAAGUUACCGAAUAGCCAGUUAGAAAUAGACGAUAAUUGGGAAACGUGUUACGGCAGUUUGACCCCAAAUACGGACAAAUUUAAAAAUUUUAAAGGUUUAGUCGAACAGCUGCAAAAAAUGAACUAUCGAGUAACCGUUUGGGUACACCCGUUUGUGAAUUUGGAUUGUGAACCGUAUCACACCGAAGGAGUGAUGAACGGGUAUUUUGUACGAAACCCGGCUGGUUCAGUUGCAUCGAAGUGGUGGAAUGGACCAGCUAGCGAAGUUGAUUUCACAAAUCCGGAAGCGAAGAAAUGGUGGCUCGAUAGAUUGAACAAAUUAAAAAAUGAAGCUGGCGUCGAUUCUUAUAAAUUCGACGCUAUUGAGAGUACUUGGGCUCCUUCGCCUCCAAUAUUCUAUAAAAUGGAAGAAAAUCACCCGGAAACCAAUUUAAAAUAUUAUGUCGAGGCUGCGGCUGGAUUUGGCCCAAUGGUAGAGGUACGAACAGCCAGAGGUACUCAAAAGUAUCCUAUUUUCCUUCGUAUGAUGGAUCGUGACUCGAAGUGGGAUGGACAUUUAGCAUUUUCUACGCUGAUACCUACCUUGUUACAAAUGAAUAUUUUGGGAUAUCCUUUCGUCUUGCCUGAUAUGGUUGGAGGUAAUGGAUACAACGAAAUAAUAUCGGAUGAGCUGUUUGUCAGAUGGUUGCAGGCUAAUGCUUUCAUGCCAUCGAUACAGUUUUCCUAUUUGCCCUCAGAUUAUGGGGAUUUGGGAAUGCGAAUGGCUAAAAAAUUCGUCGACUUACACGUACAAUAUUCAGAUAAAAUAAUAGAAGCGAUGAAAAAUUCAGUUAAAUAUGGUACUCCAGUUAAUCCUCCUCUGUGGUGGAUUGAUCCUACGGAUCCCGAAACCUAUCUAAUAGAUUCUGAAUUUUUAUUGGGUGAAGACAUCCUCGUGGCUCCUGUCGUACAACAAGGGGCACGAAGUCGAGAUAUCUAUUUACCCAAAGGAUAUUGGAAAGAUGAAGUGAAGAAAGAUGGUGAAAUAAUCGAAGGCCCUGUUUGGCUUUACAACUAUCCAGCUGAUAUCGAAGUGUUACCAUAUUUUACCAAAGUAUCGCCUCCUCCUCAUAAGAAAGAUGAUACGGAAAAUAAGAAAAGUCGUGCUGAUGUCACGAUGCCAACUUUGGGAUUGAUUUUUAUAACAUGUAUUUUUUGGUCAAUUAUUGAACUGUAGAUCAUAGAGAGGUGAUAUUCUCAUGAAAUAAUCAUUAAAGUUUUCUUUUUUUUAAAAAAAAUUAGGUACCUACUGAACGUGUAAAAAUUGUAACCAUCAAAUAAUUGUAAAUAAAAUUAAUUCCAACUUACCAUA